CUAAGUAUCCACAGGCAGGAAGAAAAGAGCUCUGAGCAGGCAGAAGUGAGGGAAAGUGUCUGAUUUCGACCCCUCCACCUCAGCCAUUCAGAGAACACCAAGAUGCCAGGGGGUUGCCUCAGACUCCUAUUCUGCGCCCUGUGCAGCUUGCGAGCCAUCCAAGCCUUCCCCAAUGCUUCCCCCCUGCUCAGCCUUGGCUGGGGGGGCCUGACUCACCUGUACACGGCCACAGCCAGGAACAGCUUCCACCUUCAGAUCCACAGAGAUGGCCACGUGGAUGGGUCUCCUCAUCAAACCAUCUAUAGUGCCUUGAUGAUCAGAUCAGAGGAUGCUGGGCUAGUCAUAAUAACUGGUGUGAUGAGCAGGAGGUAUCUCUGUAUGGACCUACGGGGCAAUGUCUUCGGAUCGCAUUUCUUCAACCCAGACAACUGCAGGUUCAAACACCGGACACUAGAAAAUGGAUAUGACGUCUAUCACUCUCCACAGAACAACUUCCUGAUCAGCCUUGGCAAGGCAAAGAGGGCCUUCCUGCCAGGCAUGAACCCACCCCCUUACUCCCAGUUUCUAUCUCGGAGGAAUGAGAUCCCCAUAAUUUACUUCAACACACCUGAACCCCAUCGACAUACCAGGAGCGCUGAGAACAGUCCUGACUUGGACCCAAUGAAUGUGCUGAAACCCCGACCAAGGGUGACUCCCUGCUCCCAGGAACUUCACAGUGCUGAAGAGAACAGUGUAGUAGAUGAUGACCCUUUAGAAGUACUCAGAAAUAGCAAUCGACUGAAGCCCUACCCUGGUAGGAUGAGUUUGGAAAGAUGCCUCCAUGUCCCCAAGGCUGCUUAACUGGACUACAAUAAAAUCCCUUUUAAGCAUCCCUGAUUCUUCUUGUUAGCAGCUAGCCCAUCUUUAAAGGGCCCAGAACUCUUUAAACCUUAAAGAACAAGGGAGAGAUCAACUAUUUCUUCCCCUUUCCUAUCUUAUGACCCUUAUGGGAAUUAAACCUGGAAUAGUGUGCUAAGACUUAGGACCUUAUCCCUAGCCUAAGUGGUAGAGUUCUGCUCUCUUUUGCAUCUCUGCACCUGACAUUCCAAUCAAGACCCUAAUGUGAAUGGUCUCCAUCUUCAAUCAACUGUUAGAGGCUUUGCCUUCAACAAGUUUUGACAUAUUAAUAGCAUCACUCCUGUGGCUUCCUCCAGUUUAAGAUAAAGGAUGGAAGAUGCUGGGUUGUGGGGGAGUAUACUGGCUGAAAAACAUACUAAGACUUGGUCCUAAAGUGGACAGCCAAACUUUGCCCAACUUGAAGCCACCCUUUGCUCUUCUGUGUUUAUAACCCUUUCAUCAUGCUCUUCCUCCUUUGCAAAUCAGGAUGAGAUCUGAAGCCUAAAAAUCCUUUGAUUCCCCAACCCCACAGAUAAUCUUGAGAUAUCACCUUAUAAACAGUCAUUUCUCUAUUUGCUUAUGACAAGUUACUAUCCUGAUAAGGUAAACCUUAAAUUCACUUAUCUUACUCCUUAAGCAACCCUUCUAAGAGGCACCCCUUGGGAGGUGUUUUUAAAAAAAUGAGUGAAAGUUGGUUAAUAUUGAAAAAUUAUAUCCAUGGUUGGUACCAAGAAGGUACCAGGAAACAUACCACAGUUCCCUGACAGGGUAACAUACAUUGCCAUUCAUUCCCUUAUUACAUCAUAGGCUAGGCCAGGGGGUCAUGUCCAAGCUUAGCAAAAGUCAGGCAAAGACAGAAGCUAAGACAUUUCCAGUCUUGAAAAUCAAAACACUCUAUGCACUUUUUGGAGGAACACUGGACCUUUGUAUUUUACCAGUCUACUAAUUUUUUUUUAAGCUGACCUUAAUUUGAGGCAAUUCAGUUCAGUCUACAGCUUCUCUUUACAAUAGGAAUAAAUGUGAACUCUUCAGAGAAAUCUUUAACAAACUUCCUCAUCCAGGGUUAGCAAUACUAUUCUGGAUGGCCAUAAAAAUGCUCAUGUGUACAGAGAGAAGGCAUUCAAGGUUUUCUGUGGCUCAGCAGAUGUCUGAGGGUCUUUCUCAAUGGCCAAUUUCAGUCUUGAAGUUGUUCUCUGAGUUCAGACCAGGCUGUGUAUCUCUGAUUCAAUUUGGUUCAUCAAAAAUUUAUUAAAUGACUCCUAUUUGUAAGGCAUUGUACUAAGCCUCAGGGAUACAAAAACAAAAGGAGUUUAAAUUCUAUUGAUAAUCAGUGGGAAAUCUGGAGAAAGAGUCAAAGAGGGUAAGGGAAUAUAAGACAGUGAGAUCCCUAUCUUUUUUCUUCUUAAUGGGCUAGGAAUGUGUGCUUUCUUUCCCUCCUGCUGCACUGGCUUAAGCAUUCCCUUAAAGGUGGAUUUCUUAAAACAUCACCCACCACCUUCCAUUAACUCCCAGUUUGCCGAGUCCCUUCACACUAAAAGCAUCACUUCUGUGACCUCCCUUAGCUUGAAGAUGAAGAAUGGAGGAUGGUGGGAAGGCGUACACUGGUUGUGAAACAACUAAGACUUGGUUCUAUGGUAGACAGACAAACUCUAGCCCACCCUGGGGCCAAUCUUUGCUUUUCUGUUGGAUCCAUACCAUUUCAUUACUCCCCUCCUCCUUUGCAAAUCAGGAUGAGACCUAUAAAGCUAGAAUCCUUUCAUUUUCCAACCCCAAAGGUAAUCCUGAGAAACUACCUGGUUAUCAGUCUUGGGCUAAUCUGUCUAGAAACAGUAAAUAAAAUAUCAGUCUAAGGAUGACCAUUAUUAGUCUUCACUUCCCCAAGGCUAUCCUGAUUUCUGGAUAUGAUGCCAAAAAAAAUUUAGUACAGGACACAAAAUAUGGAGAUUCUAGAAAUCUUGGACUUUGGGGCUAAACCCUCAUUUAUUAGGUCUUCUUGAUCCAGCCUUCCAUUUCUGACUUUGAAUCUUCCUACCUGGGGCCCCUCUCUCUUCUUCUAAAUCUUCCCCUAAGGUAGUCAGUGCAGACAAAUGAUAUCAAAUAGCACAACAGAUUCAGACAAGGCCUCACUCCUCUGUUUACUUUCCUUCAUUCCUAUCACAUUCUCACUAUUGGAGCCUGAAUCUUCUAUUACACUUUCUAGAGAAACAAGAGUCCUCUGAUUUUUUUUUCUUUUUAAGGUGAGCUUAAAGUCCCUACUCUGGAAUACACAACAAAACUAUGCACAACACUAAACAGCAGUGCACAGCAGAUUUUUAUUUUUGGUGCAGCAACUGGGGUUGACUUGCC